CGGCGAGGCGGUGCGAGGCGCGACCGCGCCGCUGUUGGUUCGUGAACACGAACAGAUGUGUACCGAUUGCCUUCCACGACGCACGUGUUUGUGAGUUCUGUGUUGUGUGUGAACUGUACCAGUGACGUGAACCCGCUAUAAGAUAUUACCCCUGCUUGUCGCCAAGUUGAAAUGUUGCACUUAUCGAAACUUUAAAGCUUCAUGUCAAUAAAGUUUCGAGGGUUCAGGAGUAGAACGCGCGAAGACAAAGAAAGUGACAAUUUCGAAAGUGUGAAAUCGAGGACUAGCCGGUCCUUGAUGAACCCUACAACUUACAAUCCUUGCGCCCUUACACUUUGUAUCUCCAAAAGGCCUUGUCGCUAUUCAGCUAGAGACCCAAGAUUAAGACAAUCAUCAAGAGAAAUCAGGAUCUCUUCGACGUAGAAAGUCUGUCCGGGUGUCAAACCCAAAUUCGGUAGAAAUCAACGUUCCUUAGAGGAGUGAAUUAGAGCACUGAAGUACGUACUUAGACCCGUACUUAAAACAAGCUCGCGUUAAAAACUAAUGGACUCGCAAAGAGCCCAGGCAAAUGGAAUUCCAGGGAAAGAGAAAGCAUUCAAGUAUGAACAAAAAGUACCGUCUGAAGAGGAGAAGACUACGUCUCCAUUGCUUUAUAAAACUGACAACAUUAAGUAUAUAGAUGCGGCGGAUGACGAGAAGUUGAACAAUGACGACAAACGUGAUAGAGAUCUAAAUACUGUCAAUUCUAUGAAAACGAAUCACGUUACAGAUAGUUUGGCUGUGUCCUAUACUAAGAAUGAAAAAGAUGAAGAUGCGGUUUCUACCAAUGAAGGAGUUAAGUUCUUGGGGUUGGGCGAUACGGACAGUAUUUGCUCGAGCAGACCGCCCGAAGACCAAGGCCCACAGAUACCUGACGGUGGUUGGGGAUGGGUAGUCGUAUUUGCGUCGUUCUUGAUCGCGACCGUCGCUGACGGUUUAGCCUUCUCGUAUGGAUUAAUCAAUGAAAAGUGGGUGAAGCACUUUAAUACGACCGAAGCUAAGGUUUCUCUGAUCGGAAGUUUGUUUAUAUCCGUCCCACUGAUAGCUGGACCUAUAAUGAGUGCGCUUGUAGAUCGAUAUGGAUGCAGGAAAAUGACCAUGUUAGGAGGCGUAGCCUCGACUAUUGGAUUUGUAGCUGCAGCAGUUAGUGACUCUGUGGGAGUUCUGUAUGUGACUUAUGGUCUCAUGGCGGGUCUAGGAAUGGGGCUCCUGUACGUCACCGCUGUUGUAUCCAUAGCAUAUUGGUUUGAAAAGCGAAGAAAUCUGGCUGUUGGACUUGGGUCCUGCGGCGUUGGGUUCGGAACAUUCGUCUACUCACCGCUGACGACGUUUUUAUUAGACUACUAUGGAUGGAGAGGAACACUCCUGAUAUUGGCUGGCACAGUACUUAAUGUGUGCGUAUGUGGUGCUAUCAUGAGAGACCCUGAAUGGUUGAUUGAGGAGCAGAAGAAAAAUAGGAAAUUAAGUAAAGCGAAAAGAGCGUCGAGCUCAAUAUCGAUUUCUGCAAAAUCUGCAAAAUCAGGCGGUGGCGAGUCAGUCUAUCCUGGUACAGAAGAGUUGAAAUCAUUGAUGAAGAGUGGGGAGACACCGGAAUAUAUACUAACAGCACUAGUAGCAUCAAUAGCGGAAGCGGAACAAGUGGAAGCGACGACCAAAAUGAAUGCAGAUCUAUCACAAGCCAACAAAGUUAGCUCUGUCAUAAACUUGCCAACAUUCUUACGACAGAGUGAGAAGGUUCCAGUAGAAGUUCUAGAUCUACUAUCAACGAAUAAACGUCUAUACAAUAUUAUACUACAAAACUAUCCAUCACUUCUCGCUUUAAGAAGCAACUCUGAGCAGAAGCUUCCAAUCGAACCGGCUGCAGACGUUUCUAAAAACAAGCCAAUUAAAAUGUCAAUGAAACUGAAAUUAAAUAAAAAAGAAAAAAAGAAGGAAUUUGAGUCAAAACUGGAUAUUGUAAGGGAGAAACUAUUACAACCUAUUCCAGAAAAUAAGCCAGCCAUUAUAGCUCCUAGAACUGACCGCCAGGAUUGGUGGAAUUUGAAAACAGAUAAUCACUACUUAAGAGGUAUUAGAGUACAUCGUAAUUCCAUUAUGCACAGAGGUGCCAUGAUGAACAUUGCGAAAUACAAGCUACGCGCGUCUUCAUGCCCUGAUAUUUAUAGAAAUUCCAUGUGGUCAAUGGAAGAACAAGAGAUUGAAGGCUCCUGGGGAAGACGCUUAAUCGACGCAUUGAACAAAACCUUCGACUUCAACAUGUUUACCGAGUUCCACUUCCUGAUGAUGAACAUCUCCACCCUAGUGCUGUUUAUCUGGUUCAUCGUGCCGCUGUUCUACCUGCCCGGCUUCAUGGAGGAGACAGGGUACUCCACGUAUCAGGGUCCGGUUAUGCUGUCGGUGUUCGGUGUAGCCAAUAUUAUUGGUAUAGCGGGUCUCGGCUGGAUGGGUGACUUACCAUGGGUAAACAUCACGAAAACCUACGCUCUGUGCCUCAUCUUCUGCGGAGUCUCCAUAAUCAUGUUCCCCGUGCUCAUACGCAUCAUGGACCCGCUGGCGCCUCACAGCUUCUACAUAAUAGCAGUGAACGUCGUUAUAUUCGGGCUGACAUUCUCGAGUUCCUACUCGUACACGCCGAGUAUUUUGGUGGAGCUGAUCGCACUGGAGAGGUUUACUAUGGCGUAUGGGCUGGUGCUGCUGAGUCAGGGGUUGGGGCAUCUUGUUGGACCACCUAUGGCUGGUGGCUUGAAAGACAAGACCGGCUACUGGGAUGCCGCAUUCUACGUGGCCGGCAUCUGGGUGAUCAUCUCCGGUAUUCUGGUCGGCGUGAUUCCGUACACCAAGAACUUCCGGAUCUGCGGCAACGCUCCGCUGGCGAAGGACGUUGCUUCGGAACCUGAUCCAGGUGUUAGGAUCAUUGUGCAUUAAACGAAGAAGGAACGUGCGCUUUGGAGGGUCUGCCAUCUUGUGACUUAAACAGAAAACUUAAACUUGUCAUGCCAAUAAACAGGUGGAUAGCACAGCAGUUCCCGCUCGUUCCUUAGAAUCGAAAUGUUGUGGCCUAAAUCGACUUACACUUUUCUCCAAGAUAGAUCUUGCAACAAAUGGCAUGCGAUUUUAGAUAAUUGCCGGCUAAGUAGGUGCAACGAAUUCAAAAGAUUUCAUAAGCCGCAAUGUAUCGCAAAUCGCAUGCUAUUAUCGGUGAUGUUUUUAGAGGCCAUUAGAUAAUUUUGCGAAAUUGAGGUUAGAGAAUUUGUACCUACAGUGACAUAUAAAAUAGUAAAAAAUACACGAGGGCGCCACUUUCUACGCAACUGUCACAUUUUUAACGUAAAAUGCUUAAACAUCGCAACAAUUUAGUAUGGAAUUUAGUUUAGUUCCAUUUUAUUUAAUUUCUAGUAUUUUAUAUCGCACUGUACCUAGAGUUAUUUAAAUUUGAAGUGACGAGUGUGCCUUAGAAUUGUAUGUCAUCGGAGUUAUUUGUGAUGAAUAUGAUGAUAUUGAUGAUCUACAUAGUUUUGUAUUUUAUAAUUAUACUUAGCUAUCAAUUUUGCUUUAUUAAAAUUUAAACACUCCGUGAUUUUAGUUAUUAUUAUUAGGUACCUAGAUAGCGUUUCGUAUUGUGCCUAUAAUUUUAAAUAGAUAU